AUGAAGCAUGUGAGAAAGCACAACGGCCCUACAAGAUACCCCAAUCAAUUUCUUGUUACAUAUGGAAGAAUUGAACUCCCGUCCAGCCUCGCAUAUGCCUCUCCACCUGCUCGGAAUCUCCGUCAUACCCUCAUCCCUGAAGCUCUGACUCUCCGGCCACACGCCUGUGUCCAUAGCCCCGACAAUCACACGAUGAGGAGGAUGGAGAGGGAGAUUAUUCCAAGUCCGAGAGGAUUACCUAUAUUAACAUCCAUGUCCCGUACUAGUAUUGUGAAAAGGACAUCGGCCCGCCACCGCCCGUCGCUGCUCCUCCGCCCUCUCUAUUCGCCUCUCUCUCUCUCUCUCAUGCACACAAAGCAAAUCGGCACAAAUAUCUCUGUCUCUAUCAGCCCGUCGCUAUAUCUCGAUCUGGCGCUGGCGAACAGCGACCGCCGGCGAGAAGCCACAUCAGAGAGUCCAAACGAUUGUCCGUCGGCAGCCGAACCACCACUCGCUGCCGACCACAUCGUUCGCCCAAUCGGUUGCCCACAGAUACCCAAUACACACACAAAUCGCGCCCCCUUGUCUGCGACCACCUCAUUCGUCGCCGACCUUCCCACCGGCACUCCGUCCAGAACCACCCAGCAUCACCCACAACCACCGCCCACACCCUGUACUCACCGAGGACGCCUCCGCGCAGGUCUGCUACCGCGCAAGUCGCAGCACGCCGGACUUCAACCAUUCCCCGCCACUUAG